AUGCCUCUCCAGCGGAGCAACACCAACUUCACGUGUUUGACCUUCACCCUGGCAGGUGUCCGAGGGCUGGAUGCUGGGCACCUCUGGCAGACCAUCCCCUUCUCUUCCAUUUACCUCGUGGCCCUUGAAGGGAACUGCACAAUUCUCUUCAUCAUCAAGAUGGACCCCAGCUUGCAUGAGCCCAUGUACUACUUCCUCUCCAUGCUGGCUCUCGCUGACCUGGGCUUGUCCCUAUGUACGAUGCCAACGGUGCUGAGCAUCCUCUGGCUGAACUCCAGACAAAUCAGUGCUGGUGCCUGCUUCACUCAGUUUUAUUUUAUUCAUACAUUUUCCUUCUUGGAGUCCUCGGUGCUGCUGGCCAUGGCCUUUGACCGCUACGUGGCCAUCUGCCACCCUCUGCGAUAUGCCUCCAUCCUGACCAGCAGCAGAAUAGCCAAGAUAGGCUUGGCCAUUCUGGGCAGAUGCGUCUUCAUCGUGAUGCCUGGUGUCUUUGUGCUCAGAAAGUUACCAUUUUGUAGGUCCCAUGCACUCUCCCAUUCUUACUGUCUGCACCAGGAUCUGAUGAAGCUGGUGUGUGCAGACAUCACGUUCAAUAUAGUGUAUGGAUUAUCGUUAGCCAUCCUCAUUUUCAUGUUAGACUCGCUGCUAAUUUUUGCCUCCUAUAUCUUGAUCUUCAAGACCAUCCUGAGCAUCGCCUCCCGUGAAGAAUGUCUCAAAGCUCUGAACAACUGCUUGUCCCACAUCUUUGCAGUCUUAAUAUUAUAUAUCCCGAUGGCUGGUGUAUCUAUCGUUCACAGGUUUGGCCAACACACAUCCCCUGUGGUUCAUGUUCUGAUGGCAAAUGUCUACCUGCUUGUCCCACCGGUGAUGAAUCCUAUCAUUUACAGCAUCAAAACAAAGCAGAUCCGCCAAGGCAUCCUCAGACUUUUCUCUCUGCAGAGGACCUAUGGUACAUGGCCUGAAAGAAGUGUGGUAACACCUCAUAGAUAA